CCUAGCCUCGCUCAAGUCCCAAGCUUCCAGUCCUCCCCGCUAACAACCACCCACCAUGGCCAAGAUCGCUAUCAUCUACUACUCCACCUACGGCCACAUCGCCAAGCUCGCCGAGUCGGCCAAGGAGGGUGCCGAGUCCGUGGAGGGCGUGACCGCCGAGAUCUACCAGAUCCAGGAGACGCUGCCCGAGGAGGUCCUGACCAAGAUGCACGCGCCGCCCAAGAAGGACCACCCCGUGGCCACGACGGACGUGCUCAAGGAGGCGGACGGCAUCCUCUUCGGCUUCCCGACGCGCUUUGGCUCGCUGCCGGCGCAGGUCAAGGCCUUCUUCGACUCGGCCGGUGGCCUGUGGGCUGCCGGUGCUCUGGUCGGCAAGCCGGCAGGUAUCUUCUUCAGCACGGGCACCCAGGGCGGCGGCCAGGAGACCACGGCGUUCACUGCGCUGACGUUCCUGGCGCACCAGGGCCUCACCUUCGUGCCGCUGGGCUACCGCGCCCCGGAGCUCUUCAACAUGGACGAGAUCCACGGCGGAUCCCCGUGGGGCGCCGGCACUCUGGCCAACGGCGACGGCUCUCGCCAGCCGUCGAAGCUGGAGCUGACGGUGGCCACGACGCAGGGCAAGUCGUUCGCUGAGAUCGCCAAGAAGCUGGCGGCCUAAGCACCUAUUGUAUCAUAAGCGUGCUCGCAACUGGUGGUUAAGUACCAGGACUAGAUGUGUGUAAGCUAGGUAGCGGUUGCUGCACUAUUGCAUCCGCGUAUGGUAGCUUUCCAUUCUAGAACAUUUUGUUUAAUACAGUUGUCGUUUGCUGCUUGCACUCC